GGGGCCGGCAUUCAGUCACUUACCGACUACGUACUGGACCAGUCGUGUGCCUCUCUCUACCGUUACUCAAACGCGAUACUUCUAAAACAGAUUCACGUAAAUAAUACCGUGUAUAGUAAAUAAUGAUCUUCUGACCGCAUGGCCAAGUCAAGUUCCAGAAUAAUCGUUUCAGGUGCCGGGAGUAGUGUAUGGGCGCGCAAGAUGCUGUGGCUCCUGCUCUCCGCGGCGUUGGUCUGCGCUAACCAAACACAAGAAAGGCGCUCCAAGCCGUACAUAGCUGAUGCGCUUGGAAAUACUUUACCGCCACCUUCAAAUCUACCGGCAACAGUUGGAAGUCCAGUCAAUUUGUUGACACCUGAUAGAUAUGAGUUCUAUACAUUUGAUGAAUCAGGAGAACUGGUUAAAAGACUCAUGACCUUAGAAGAGAUUCAAGCUAUUGUCGCAGCUGGAGAAGAUACGGAAGGUUUGGUCACCUUUGCGAACGACAAUCAACCAACCAUAGCUUUUAAUUUCAGUCAACCUCCCUAUACGAAGGUACACAGUGUGGUAACUAAUGUUCAAAAUGUUUUGAAGGCUCAAAUGGAAGCGCACAAGAAUAAACCUCUUAUGCGACCUACUUUAGAUACUCCUGAUGUGUCUGACUCGUGGAGUUUAAUUCUACCUUCAAUUUUCGGGAACACUGGUCUUGAUAUAACUCCUGAUAAAACAACUGGAUCCUAUAUUACUCCUGAAACAGACACUAUAGAAUUAGAUCACCAACUUUACGACGAGGAAUCAUUAAGCAAAGAAGGAAAUGGUCAAAUAUUAACAAGUUCUACGGAAGCAGCGCUUGAAAAUGAGUUGCGCUUUACAAGUACUCCAAAACCAAAUUUGACUCAAAAAACUACGUCUACAACAACUUUUAAACCCUCUACCACACGUGUGCCAACUACUAAGAAUAGUUUCACCAAGCCAACCACAACCACGACUACAAAGCCACGAUCAACUACUACUACAACAACCACCAAGCAAACAACAACCACCAAGCAAAGACCAACUACCACCACGACAACUGUCAAGUUAAGACCAACCACCACUACAACAACAUCAGUAAAGCCAAAACCAACUACCACUACAACAACUACGUUUAGGCCAAAGUCUACCAGCACCACCACAACAACAGUCAAGCCAAGACCCACCACUACAACAACUGUCAGGCCAAGAACCACAACGACAAUCAAGCCUACAACAAAGCCGACUUUAAUGUUAUCAAGUACUACCGUAACACCUAUCUCGACAACCUCUAAAGAGAAAACAUCGCCUACUACAGAAAUAAUACCAGAAAAAGUCACAGUUGCUACUGAGCGAUUAGAAAUUGAUUCGCAUCAUGAACAAAUAACGAAAAGAGAUGAUAUACAAUACGAAAGAAUUAGCACAUUUAUACCUGUUUCAACUUUUACGUAUUUACCAGAUCGUACAACAAAGUUGCCUUUGCAAGAAACAAACGAUAAUACAGCGCAAUUUAAUGGCGACCUAAAGAAUACAUUGCCAUCCACCUUAAAAUCACCAACAACCACGACAUCAACCUUCGAUAUUGUAUCGUCAACAAACAAUCAAGAAUUAGAAAAAAAUAACUCAACAACGAUUACUACUCAGUCUGUUUCCCCGUCAACUUCUGUAACGUCCACGCAAAGCACUUCGACAGAACAAUCAAUAAAAAAAAUUAACGUGGAACAAAACUAUGGAAACACAAAAGUUAGUACUACUACUGUUGAAAGUGAACCAAUGGGUUCUCUCUUUGACGUUGCUCAAAGUAUUAGUCAAAUAGCUUCUGAUCUUGGUGGCGCAUAUAGACCUACAUCAUCAUCAAAUGAUUUGAUGGAAAGUACAUUAAGUAACGGAAUGAAAUUAGAGAGUAAAGAAAAUUUAGACAUAGAAAUACCCUCAGAAGUAGAUAAUAAUGGUAAAGUUAAGAUAGAUUUAAACAAUAAUACUGAUAAUUAUAUUAAAAUUUCAACUAUAGACCCGCACGAUAAAAGGGAAAAUACAACGAUAGUUUCUAAAGAGAAUUCUAAUGAUAACAUUAAUUUAGAAACAACAAGUUCACCUACAAUUGCUUCAAUCACUACUUUGGAUCCUGUUUUAUCAGAGUCAAUGGGCGAUUUAUUGUCUCAAGUAGUCAAUGAAGGCCCUGACAACAAAUUUGAUGGAGAUAAUUUGUCACAAACUGACAAGAAAAUGUCUGUAACUGAACUACCAACUGUAGUAACAACUGAGUACAAAGAAAAUGUUGAAUUAACAUCCGAGGUUGAUGUUAAUAGUAUCAAUAUUAUCACAUCAUCCGAGGUACCCUCUAUUUCUGUUAUGGAUAUUAUUAAAGAUGAAAAUAACACCACAACACAAAUAGAAAAUUCUGAAAUCCCAGAAAAUAAGAAUAAUGUAGAAAAGGUUUCUACAAUAAACUCUGCGUUAUCUGAAGAUAAGUCUACCUUAACAAUUUCUGUGUCAAAUAUUAAUUCCAACAUAAAGAACGACACAGUUCAAUUAUAUAGCGAAAAUGAAAAGGUAGCUCAAUUUAAUACGCAAGAUACUAAAUCUGCAAACUCUACAUUGCCUUCGUAUAAAUCUGACACAGAGCAAUCUCCUGAAGACAAAAUCAAGGAUUCUAACGUUUCAGACAAAACCAGUUUCGAUUCUGACAAAAUAGAACAAAAGGAAUUUGUGGCAAUAAAACAAAGUGAAAAAGUUUCUGAAACAAAAGUUCCCCCAAAAGUUGAAGAUUUUAAAAAGAAAAUUCAAAAAGUUAAUAUAGACGAUAAAGAACUAGGGAGUGACAGGAACAACUCGUGGAAAUUAAUACCAACUGUAUCUCCAACUAAAAUCCAUGAAGUGAAAAAAAAUUCUAAGGACAAGCCUAAAACAGACAGUUACAAUUUACCAGAGAAUGAUAAAAAUAUUAUAUUAGACUUUUCCAAAGAAAAUCAAGGCUUAGAACUAACUACUAAGGACUUGAAUGAAGAUGUUGCACAGUUUACUAACCUGUGCAAUGAACUAGCUUUCAGAUAUUGGAACGACUUAGAGGAAACUAUGGACGCAAAAAGGAGUUUUGUAUUUUCUCCUUAUGCCGUCACUUCGAUGUUGGCUAUGAUGUUUAUGGGUGCAAGAGGCGCAACCUCGGGAGAAAUGAAUGAAAUAUUAAAGCUGGAUGAUAUGGUAACAUUUAAUCCACACUUUACACUAAAAAAUAUAUCUGAUUCAAUAGAAAUGACGCCAGCUUCAGGAGUAGCUGUCUCAGCUUUCAUAAGGGAACUGUAUAGUGAUAGAAACAAAGGCAAAAUUUUAACAUUUUACAAAGAAAGAGUGCAACAUUUCUAUAAUGGUCAUGUCGAGGAGGUGAACUUUAAAUUGAUCAGCGAUAUUAUACGUAGACGAACAAAUUUACUGGUGAAGAGAUAUACUUGGGGGAAGAUAUUGGAAUUUAUGAAAACCAAUACUAUUGUCAUGCAACCUCCGUUGGCAGCUUUCUCGGCUAAUAUUUUCCAAACGGAUUGUUCUGGAACCUCUGUCGAUGGAAGAGAUGGAGAAUUGUAUUUCGUAGUAUCGCCAAACGUGCGCCAACGAAGACUGGUGCCUGUACCGGCUGUCGUGUAUAAAAAUAACUUCUUGGCUGGCUACGACCCAACUCUUGAUGCUACCGCUGCCGCUUUAGGAAAUAUAAAUUCAAUCGUCAGUACCAUCUUCGUAAUGCCUGGUCAGCAAGGUAAUAUCGUACAUGCAGAAGACUUGGAAGAAUUAGAGAAACGUUUACUAGGCUCCGAAUCAACUAUUACUGCAUGGAAUCGCUUAUUACGUACUCUUCUCCCACGUGUCGGUCUCGAACUCCAGAUUCCUAGAUAUUCUCAUAAAUCUACAUUUAAUAUUUCAUCGACUUUGCAAAGGAUGGGGCUUAAAGAUUUAUUUGAUGAGGAACACGCUGAUUUAGGUGGAUUGAAUGGACCGUCGAAGGAUCUAUAUCUGUCAGAUAUGAUACAGUCCAACACCUUUGUUACUUGCGGAGAAAACAUGAUCGGAGAGCAGCAUCACAUAGAACAGUAUCCAGAAUUACAAAAGCGUCGGUCAGCGAGGUGGGUGCACGGCUGGGAUGAGCCAAGAGAUUAUCAGCGAGCUUUCCACGACCCUCAUGAUGUUGGUGAAGCGAUGCAUUUGCCGUUACAUUUGCGACCAAGACAGGCGCGUCUGCCAGCGAGAAACGCUCAACCAGCGAGAUUAAAGUUCGACAGACCUUUCUUGUUCUUUGUCAGGCAUAACCCUUCAGGCAUGAUACUCUAUGUCGGACGAUACAACCCGAGGCUUUUGCCGUGAAGUUUCAGUAAAGACUGUUAGUGUAGUGUAGUUAAUAAUAUUCCUUUAAGGAAAGUGAUAAGGUUUCAUGCUGACGCGUGUGAUACGAAAGAUUCGAUGAGCAUUUACGUGACAGUAUUAAUUAUUAGUGUCUUUAUAUGCAUUACAAUCGUUGCUGUGCAUUACUGCAUAUACAUACGUAUGAGAAGAUGCUAUGAAUAAUAAAAUAAAAUAAUUUUAGAAUAGUUAAUUAUCAUAAAGAACCGUGUCAUCUCAUUAUCAUAAUGUCAUACAUUCAUUUUAAAUAAAUUCAAUGUUUCAUAAAUA